CAGACUUUCCUCUAUCAACUUUCCAUUUCGCUUCAGCAAGAGCAACAUCCCCUCUGUUCCUCUUCUUUGCCAUCAGACCCGGGGACCCAACUUUAUGAGUUUUGCGCUGCCUGCAAAUGGCAACGCUUUCCAAACCCGUGCGUCCUUCAUCCAACUGGAGUUACGCACAGAUGAGACAUUUGGCACCAGUUCUAAUCGGCCUCUGAGUCCUGAAAUGGUGCAUCUUUAGGUGAAGCUGCUCGGUUUGAAGAAGUGGGGGGAAAAAAGCCACCAUGAGGGUUUGUAACAGGGGGAUGAUGAUGCUUCUCACCACGGCGGGGGCUUUCUGCGCGUUCAGCCUCAUGACCAUCGCAGUGGGCACAGACUACUGGCUUUACUCCCGUGGGAUGUGCCGCUCCAAGAACCUGAACGACAACGAGACCGUCCAUAAAAACGAGGAGGUCCUGACCCACUCUGGGCUUUGGAGGACCUGCUGCACCGAGGGAAUAUUUCAAGGUGUUUGUAAAGAUAUUGAUCACUUCCCUGAUGAUGCAGACUAUGAGCAGGAUGCUGCAGAGUAUUUACUAAGGGCAGUCCGAGCCUCCAGCCUCUUCCCGAUCCUCAGUGUGGGGCUACUUUUUCUUGGGGGUUUGUGUGUCGCUGCAAGCGAGUUCUACAAGUCCCGCUACAAUGUCAUUCUCACCGCUGGUAUUCUGUUUGUCUCUGCAGGUCUUAGUAACAUAAUUGGCAUCAUUGUGUACAUAUCAGCCAACUCAGGAGACCCCAGUCAGAGCGACAACAAGAAGAGUUACUCCUAUGGCUGGUCAUUUUACUUCGGGGCACUGUCGUUUGUGCUGGCUGAGAUGGUGGGUGUCCUGGCAGUGCAUGUGUUUAUAGAAAAGCACAGGCAGCUUCGCACCAAAGGCCGGCCCUCGCUUAUGAAGCCACCCAUCUCCCGAAACUUAUCUUACCGCAACCGCUACUACCAGAACCGCAGCCGACGCUACAGCUACAGGAGCAACCACAGCAUGGCAGACUCAACCACACAUGGCUACCAAACAUCAGCGGUACGUCACCAGGAUCCCAGCGUCCCCAAUGAAUCUAAAGUCGCCACUAUGAUGGGAUCAGAGUUUCUUUUGUACGCCUUAAACUCACCUCUGAAGGAAAGCAAGAUUGACAUGGCUGAGGAGGAUUUAGCAACCGCAACUCACAACACAGACAUGUUGCCGGGAAACUGUGUGUCCAAUAGAAGAACCACACCUGUCUGAGAGGGGCCAAACUGGGGAGACAGUCUUCCUCGUGGUUCAAGGACAGUGGAGACUUUUCUUUUCUUCUGUUGGUUGAUUAUUUCAGAUUCAGACUGAACCAUUUUACUUUAUUACAGCAAGAGUCAACAGAAACAGAUGUUUACUUACUUCAUAAAAGGACACAACACCCUAUUUUCUUACUUUCUGACAUCCUUAAUCAAAAUGUUCAUUUUUCUGUCCUAUUUUGCUAAAUACCAGAAUAAUGACAAAGGUUUAAUUAUUAUUUUUGUGGAUUUUAAAGGUUUACAUACGUUUAGAUUGUUAUGCUAUUAAACUUUUUGAAAAACCCCAGAUGAUGACAGUAUUUUAUAAGCUUCCUCUAGUUUAAUAUACAACACUUCAGUUACAUUAAGAGACUACUAUGGCUCAAACAUGUAUGAGGUUAUGAGAAAUUAAAGCAAGCAGUCAAGACAUCAGGAAUACAGUGUUAGACCUUCAAAGUCUGGUUAAUCCUUGGAUACAACUUCCAGUUUCCUAAUGUACACCAUUCAUUUCUAUCACCGACUGUUCCGGGACAUAUACAAGUUUAAAAACCAAUUAUAUUUCUGACACAGUAACUUUUAAAACAAAGACAAGUUCUGUAUCUCAGAGAUAAAGUGUUUUGAUGUGACAUGUGCACAACAUCACCAACAGAACAUAAAACAAAGCUUGUAAAAAUGUUGGAAAGGUGUUUUACUAUCCAGCAUGAAAGAAGCCCUCCAGCAACUUGGCCUGAAAGGUUGUUCCAAAAGCAACAUGAGAAGGCAAGCAACAGUUUGCAUAUGCAUUCAAGGACAAAGCCUAACUCUGGUGAACAUAAUGAUCGUCAUUAUAUUUAAUGAAACACUGGGGAUGCUUUUAAUUCUGAGACCUCAAUCCCAACUGUGACAUACAGAGUCGGAACCAUCAUGAUGUGGGGGCAAUUAGCUGCAGGACGAACUGGUGCAUUUAAAAAACAUAAAUGGCAUCAAGAAGAAAAAACAACAUUAUCUGGAUAUACUGAUACAACAACUCAAGACAUCAACCAGGAACUUUAAGCUUGGAUACAAAAGAGUCUUCUAAAAGGACCUCAGCCAACCUUCAACUUUAGGUAUAAAGACUGGGUUAAGGGACCCAUACGCUAUACUACAGUUAAACUGUCAUCACAGAGUCCUGAUCUCAGUCUUAUAGAAAGAACUGUAGAGGUCUAAGUGAAUAAGGCAACCUGCAAACCUAACUUGGUUCAACCAGUUCUGCCAGGAGGA